AAGUAACAAUUUUAGUUACCCAUAUUCACGUGACACGGGAAAUCCCGAAUAUCGCAACACUAAUCUACAGCAUAAGGCUGUCGUACCGUAUAACUAAUAUGCAUCUUAUUCUAAAUUAGUCAUGAAAAUGUGAAAAUACAUUAUACUAUCGCCGUUUGGCCACGCACAAUCGAUUCAGUGCUGGUUAUAGCGGGCAUAAAGACAAAGAUGGCCAUCUGAAGCGCGGGACCAGUAGUCGGCAGGCUGAUGCCGGUGUUUAGAUAUUGUUAUCCACAGAAAAUGCCAUUAAUUCUCCCGGUUAAGCCGACGGUCACUACUACCAAAUCUUCACGCUUUUAUGAAACUUAUGCGCUUGUUGGCCAUUUACGGACUGGUAUUCAGCGGCUUGUGUCAAUGGGAACGGGAUGCUCAGAGCAACGCGUGUACAGUGCAGACGAACGGGGAUCUUCACUCUGACCCAUCACUUGACGACAUAAUUGAACGUGCGCUGCGCUAUAAGGAAGAUGACAAGGUGACACUGCAGUUUCCCCGGGCAGCGACGACGGCGCCACCAUCGGCGGUCACUAGCAGAGUCAUGCGGCCGCGUCUGGGACAGAAUGUGUCGUUCAGCUGCCAAGUGCCAUUUGGCGCACAAUCCACCGGCAUCAGCUGGACCCACCAAGGCCGCACCGUGUUCGAGCAAGGCCAACCGGGAACGGUGCCCCCCGUGUCUAAUCAUCGCUAUAACAUUUUGCCGUUGGAUGACAGCAUCGCGGUGCUGCGCAUUCUCAACGUGUCCCUGCAGUCCAGCGGCGAGGUCGUCUGCUUCCUGCCAGAGGCAACGGGGAAAAUUGCGCUGAACCGCUUCACACUGAUCCCAUACGUCACGCGGGCCACCGAGGUCUUUGCAGCCCCCUUGGCGUCGCAUUACCGGGUGACCGUUGGGGACAGAUACAUGAUCAGCUGCCCGGUGCGACUGCCCCUGGCGCCGGAUGUCAUGGACAAUCUGCUCCAUCAUUACAUGUUGCGACACAACGGUCAGCUAAUUAAUAUGCCACGCGAAGAGCCCUACACAUCGUAUCUGCCGGCGUCCUGGAAGGGGACCCUUUCCAGCGGCUCGGGUGGUAUCGCGGUGGACCGAGUCUUCGGUUUUAACCUGAUUUCAUCCAGUGCCCGGCUGGACGAAAGCGGCCCGGUGCAGUGCUGGGUCCGGCCACAUAAAGACCUUCAUGAGUGGAUUGUGCAGUCCACCUGGUUGGUUGUCAAGGAGAAGCCCUAACUCGAAUUUCUCUUGCCGGUGAAUAAUGGGUUCCAUGGACACUAGGACAGUUGACAUAUGUCGAUAUGUGACGACAGCAUAAUGUAUUUUUAAACGAUGGAAAUGUAAACAAUGGAAAUGCAAUGCUUAGUGGCUA